AUGCUCUCAACUCCGCUGGAAGGAACGCCCUCCGCAGCGCCGCCGCAGGCACUCCUCCCAUCGGACCGACCGCCGGACUUCACCUCGAAACCCUCUCUAGCGAAUACUGGCACCGCGCACAUAGCAGCAGCAACCGAUAUGAUCACCGAUGCCUCUGCUGGAUCGGGGGUUGUGACUAGAGACAUCGAAAUUGCCGAUUCACCGGCCACGGCCACGGAAAAGGAAACGGUGCAAGCGCAGGAACCUCCGGUGCAGAUCAAGCCGACGGCACAGUUCUCCUAUGCAUCGGCGGUGAGGGGGUGGAAAUCCAACAUAUCUUUCUCCGAUCAAGCUUCUCAAUGGACUCCGGUGGGCGAAAACGACCUGAUCCCGGGUAGCCGAAACGGAGAGCCGGCCCUCAAUAUUUCAACGACCUUCAAAGAAAGGAUCUGUGCCCCCUGGCACCGAACAAUUGUUGUGAGACUACUUGGCACCACCAUCGGAUUCAAUACUCUCUGCUCUCGACUCCGCGGGCUCUGGAGGCCAACAGACGCCAUGGAAAUCAUGGACCUUGACCAAGACUGUUUUUUAGUGAAACUCAGUAAUGAACAGGACUACUUCAGAGCUCUUACAGACGGACCAUGGACAAUUUUUGACCACUACCUAGCAGUGCAGCAAUGGUCUCCCAACUUCAAGGUUUCUGAUCCGCUUCCGAGGAAGAUGAUUGUCUGGGUUCAAUUUCCGGCACUGAAAAUCCACUUUUAUCACAAAGAAAUCCGGACUUCCUUAGGAAAUCUCCUCGGAAGAACGAUCCGUUUGGAUUUCCAUACCCUAAAUCUACAACGAGCAAAGUUUGCUAGGAUUGUUGUUGAAGUAGACCUGUCCAAGCCCCUGGUUCCUCGGAUUUGGUUGGACGAUGCCUGGCAGAAAGUCGAGUAUGAAAAUCUCCCCGAUGUGUGCUUCGAAUGUGGGAAAAUUGGGCACUCCUCCCUGCUCUGUCCCAAGCUGCGACUGCAAUCUCCCCCGCCGAUCUUAGCUAUCACCGGCGGCGAGGUUCCGGCAAACGAGGCAGAACAAGGAGAAGAGGAAUCGACUCCGGGAUUUGGGCUCUGGAUGCUCGUUUCCCGCAAGAGCAGGCGGAAUUCGCGGGAUCCAUCACAAAAAGGGAAACUAGAUUCCUCCUCUAAGAAUGCCAACGGUAUUAUGCCUGCAAAACAAGGAAAGCAGGAGGUUUCGCAGAAGGAAGGUGGAAGGACAGCCCCGAUAUCCCCGCAGACGCCCCAGAUUCACCUCAACGGACAUCCAACCAUGAGAGGAAAGGCGGAACAGGAAAGAAACACACAGGAGAAAAAAAAAGGAAAAGAACCAGCUUCAACUGCGGUAAGGGUUGGAGGAAAAGGUCUCUUGGGCCCUAUUCCAGAGACAGUCCCGUUUUUUGGUAAUGGGCAAAAACCCAAGGACGACCAUGCCCAAGCCUCGACUUCGUCCAAAAGCCCGCUCAAGUCCACUACCUAUCCAAAACCCAAGGAUCAGACCACGCCCCUGCCGAAAAUGUCACCGCCAGUGGGAGACUCGGCCACCGGGAUCGCGAAGAGCAAAUCGACGCCUCCUGCCGUCCAAACGGAUUUAUGA